AUGACCAUUGGGUCGUCUUGCACCGGGUCAAUGCCGUGGAAGUCUCGGUCAGUGAACGUUAUAGGGGGCAUACAAAUGGGAGGUGUUCGUCCUAUAGCGUGGACCGACUUGAUAGCCCUCAAGUGUCUCUUCCGGGCUGAAGACGAGCUCCCCCCUGCGAAACCUCCAGCAAUGGUUCCCCCUCGUUUGCCCGAUAAUUGGAAGAACUUGACCCUGGAAAAGUACGAUGGGACCUCCGACCCGGAAGAACAUCUCGACGCGUUCGUCACACAGGUCGGUCUGUACACCGACGACGAUGCAAUCAUGUGCAAAGUCUUUCCUACUUCGUUGAAAGGGCCAGCGCUUAAUUGGUUCACACGACUCCCUCCCGGAUCAAUUGAUUCGUUCACAUCCCUGUCCUCUCGUUUCGUAAUACAGUUCGCCACGAGCCGGCCUCAUCAGCUGACAUCCAUUGCGUUGGUCAGUAUACGCCAAGAGAAGAAAGAACCCUUGAGGGCUUUCAUGGAGAGGUUUGGAAAAAUGAUGUUGUCUAUUCGGAAUUUGGAUCCGGCAGUAGCAAUGCAUCACCUCACCACCGCGCUGCGGCCCGGUCCCUUUGUCAAUAGCUUGUGCAAAAAGCCCCCCCAUGACCUGGACGACCUACGGCAAAGGGCCACCAAAUAUAUGCAGAUGGAGGAACUGGCUGAGUUCCGCAGCCAAAACCGAUCUGACCUGUUCCUCGGCAAAAGAGAGAAUGACAAGGAACCUCCUAAGUCUCGCCCCCGGGAAGCCAUUGAUCGUGAGAAGAGCAAUAACAGAGGUCCGAGGUAUAUGCAGUAUACGCCGCUCAACGCCAGCAGGGCCAAAGUGUUGGAGCAAGCUCUAGCCACGGAAGUUUUGGCCGUUCCUCGAAGAGCUUUGACCCCACCUCACGCCGACAAGACAAAAGCAUGUCAUUUCCAUCGGAAUAGAGGACACACCACGGAGGAGUGCUCCGCCCUUCGAGACCGUAUCGAAGAUCUCGUUAAGGCCGGUCACCUCCAAAACUUCAUUUGGAUAACGGAUAACAGAAGGAACGAAUACCGCCACGGAAGAGGGGAACCUGGGAGAGACAACCGAGAUCGAGCACCUCCCCGGAACCGAUCCCGCGAGCGUAGCAGGUCUUAA